GAGCUGUCAUUAAUCAGUUCACAAGCUCAGACUCAAAACAAUCUGACAGACUGAUUUUAAAAACAUAAUAAAGUAAUAAUUUUUGAUGGCACUGGUCGGUGUCUAAACCCGGGUGGUCGUUUCUGCGCAGCCAUUGUAUAGAUCCCUCGACUCCAUUCAGCAGACAAUUAAUGUCUCGUAUAGGUAUAGGUAUACAUAUAAAUGUAAAUGUGUGUGACGUGCUUAGGUAGUUGAUGUGGAGAGUCGUUAGCGGCGUUGGUGACGGUCCUCAGCUCACUGUAGAGUGCGGUGUACAGUGUGCCGACGUCCUCGGUUUGGAGCGGGCUCGAGGGGUUGAGCGUCAUCAUCAUAAGCGCGAGUGUGUAUUUUAUUAUUUUUACAUAAGCCCGAAUUAACAAACGCAAACGAGUGUGUCGCAAGUGCUCAGUGAAGUGUCGUGAUCAUAAAUUAUAAUAAUUUGAUAAAUAGUUAUUUUAAAAGUUUAUCAAUUAAAUUAAUUGAUGGAUUGGAGUGAGAAAAGUGAUUGACUGGAUAAAAUAAUAAUAAUAAUAAUAGAAAAGUUGGUAAGCACCUUAUCCGACAAUUGGUGUGUCGUGUAUGGUACGUGGGGACUUUGGAUCAGAGAAACGACGGCAGUGGCGGUUGUAAUUGACAGGAAAGAUGGCGCAAGGUGCAGACGAGGAGUGUUGACCUAUUUUGUUGACCCCCGUUGAGUUUUUUGUGAGAAUAAUCGAGCGUUCUGUCACGCGCCUGGUGAUCGAAGCUCCGACGUUGCCCAAGGAGCUUCAAUAAUUACUCAAGGCCGGUGUAAUUUAAGUACCCACUGAUAAUAACAACAAUAAUAAUAAUAGACGAAAUUAUUUGGUAGAUAGCCCAGCAAGCAGCAGGCCAACUGAAAUAGUUUAUAAACACUCCGUGUAAUUGGAGUGUUUAAAUUAUCGGAAACAGUAACGAGGAAAACCGCAGCAAUUUUGAAAAAAUUCGAUAUCCGUGGAGCCUUAGCGGGCUCGAGCACGGCUGGAAAGAUGGGGAACAAUGCCGCGACAGCGAACAAAAAGGUUGACGCUGCCGAGAGUGUCAAGGAGUUUCUGGACGAGGCGAAAGAAGAGUUCGAGGAAAAAUGGAAGAAAAAUCCCACCAACACCGCGGGGCUGGACGACUUCGAGAGAAUCAAGACUCUGGGGACUGGCUCGUUCGGCAGAGUCAUGAUAGUCCAGCAUAAGCCCACUAAAGAGUAUUACGCAAUGAAGAUACUCGACAAACAGAAAGUCGUAAAGUUAAAACAAGUUGAGCAUACGUUGAAUGAAAAACGGAUACUACAGGCUAUAAGUUUUCCGUUUCUCGUGUCGUUACGUUUUCACUUUAAGGAUAACUCAAAUCUUUACAUGGUACUGGAGUAUGUUCCCGGUGGAGAAAUGUUUUCACAUUUACGAAAAGUUGGAAGAUUUUCCGAGCCACAUUCACGUUUUUAUGCCGCUCAAAUAGUACUUGCUUUCGAGUAUUUACAUUACCUUGAUCUCAUUUACCGUGACUUGAAGCCAGAAAAUCUGCUGAUCGAUUCCCAGGGCUAUCUUAAAGUCACUGAUUUUGGUUUCGCUAAAAGAGUGAAAGGAAGAACGUGGACGCUGUGCGGGACGCCGGAGUACUUGGCGCCCGAAAUAAUAUUGAGCAAGGGCUACAACAAAGCCGUCGAUUGGUGGGCGCUCGGAGUUUUGGUCUACGAAAUGGCUGCCGGUUACCCGCCAUUUUUUGCCGACCAGCCGAUCCAAAUAUACGAAAAAAUAGUAAGCGGCAAAGUGAGAUUUCCGUCCCACUUUGGCUACGAUUUGAAAGAUCUGCUCCGUAAUUUACUCCAAGUUGAUCUGACCAAGAGGUACGGGAACUUAAAAGCCGGCGUAAACGACAUCAAAGGUCACAAAUGGUUUGCCAGCACUGAUUGGAUAGCUGUCUUCCAGAAACGCAUUGAAGCACCGUUUAUUCCCAAGUGCAAAGGACCCGGCGACACUAGUAAUUUUGAUGACUAUGAGGAAGAGCCGCUGAGAAUCUCAAGCACCGAAAAAUGCGCCAAAGAAUUUGCUGAAUUUUAAAUUAUUUAUUAUUGGUAUUUUAUCAUUUUAACAUAAUGACAAUUUAAUCUACUGAAUUUAAAACUCAAAUAAUCAGCUACUGCUGAAUUAUUUACUGAUGCUGCUGCUGAUCGAUCGGUACCGCUCGAUUACUAAAUGUAAAACCGGGUGUUAAAACGUGUACUUUUCGUUGCUAAUGUCAUACAUUUUACAUUAUUACUAUUACAAUGGUAAUUAAUUCAUUAAUAAUUAACAAUAAUAUUAAUAAUAAUAAUUCAUGUACGUUAUUGUAUCGAUGAUUAUUAUUUGUUUUCAUACCUGGCCUCCAUCAUUCCAAGGAGUUAUUAUCUGGAAUCUUUUGCAAUCUCUGUGAUUCUUCGUUUUGUGUAUAAUUAUAAAUAAUUAAACGUCGUAUCCAUUUAAAUAAAAAAAAAAACUAGUCGUUCUCAUAAAACUGAAGAGUUCUCAUAAAAUAAUAAAACGGAUUAUGCUAUCGAGUAGCCAGCAACUAUCAUACAUUAUGGUAGCUUGUGAAUGCUCAUAAUUCAGCCAAUAGAGACAUACGGAAUUAAUAAAAUGACGAGAAGUACUAGCACUCAAGUACAUCAUGCACUUUAUUAACUGUAAUCCCCUUGUCCAAGUAAACUAAAGUAAAUAAUAAAAUACGAACUCAAGUAAACUUAAAUCUCAAUUCAAAUUUAAAUCUCAACUUAAAUCUCAACCUUAAAAUCUUAAUCUCAAUUAUACGUGUCAUUGAUACAACACCGAUGAUAUGAUUUAUUGAGGCGGGCCCUGUGUCGACACCCAAGAUCUUGGUUUUCUUACAUUAGUGUUAUCAGUUAAUUAGUUAAGUGUGACGGAACUUGGUUGUCAUCUGGCGAUCACCAUUUUAUAAACACACAUGUAUAACAAAAAUUUACCACACAACAAACAACUACAAUAUUGUCAUCAUCAGUCACCGAUUAAUCAAGAGGAGUAACAUUUUGAGUUUAAGAAGAUCAUCAAGCAUCGGUGGAGCCGAGUCAUUAUGCAAGAGCCGAUUUAAAAGGGAGUACGAUUGAGACUGGGAGAAUUUUACUAUUAUGUAUGGAUGGAUGAUAAAAAAUGAGUAGAAUUGUGAGUUUAUGCAUGAAAACAUAAGAUAGCAAGAGUGUGAAUAUGUAUCAUAAUUCCUUUUAUUGUUCCUCCGUGUCGAGAGCACAAUGACUUGAUAACGGAGACUAAAACUAAACGGACCUUGAGUGUAUGAGUGUGGAUGUGCAUGAAUAUAUCAGGUUUUAUGACAUACGCUGGCUCUCAGCAACAGCUUUUCGCGGUCGUUAAUGGCGAUCCAUUCAAAAUGAUAAAAAUAGCAGUAGAAAAAAAAAGGCAGUAAUGUGCUAAAUAAUAUAUAAAUAAAAGUAUGAUGUUAAAUAAUGUUAAUUUCACAGUGGAUGCUAUUUUUAUCAGCUUUAGAAGUGAUGAAGGAUCGCUGUGUCCGUGAAAUAAAUAAAUAUUACUACAUAUAGAAUUUAAAAACCCGUUUCGCGGGCCAUUGUUCCAUCAAUUGAGGAAAAACAUCCAGAUGCUGACGGUAUAUCAGCUGGGUUAAUAUAAAUAUGAAUGAUGAAAACAUUUAUGGCUUAUGUAUAGAUAUAUAUGAUAUCUGGAUAUUAUUUCUCGGGCAGUUAGGUUUAUCGUCCUCGUGUCGGCGUAACUGCAUAUAAUAUGCGCGUACUGUAACGCACUGUACCAGUGUACGUAGCCAGGCAAUCUUAAAUAAUAAAAUAAAAGUCUCGACAUGACUGUUAAUACGAGAGUACAUACAUUAUGAAUUACAUGUGAGUGUGUUAUGUGAAUGAGCGUAAUAUAUUAAAUCAUCAUAUUGCACUAGACGGGAGUAUGACAUUACGAGAAAUUCUCAAGUAUUGUAUAUUAUAUAUUCUAGCAUAGAGGAAAUUAUUUCACGUUUUAGAUUACAUAUAUUUAUAUUCAAAUCUAUUCUAGAAUAUAUAUAUAUAUAUAUAUAUAAGUAUAUGCAUGUGUGCAUUCUCCUCCCUACCUCAAGAGCCAUUCACAGCUCUCAUUACUACCGCUGUCUCUCUUUUUUUCCCAAUUAAAAUAAAAACACCAACAGCAACAAGAACAAGAACAAAAACAAAAAGACGUACAAUCUCGUGCUACCCUUAUCAUGUUCACCCCUUCGUUAGUUUUUAAAACCAGUAGGUUUCGCGCUCGACAAAAGUCUUGGCACUCAUUGUACAUACUAUUUAGAAAUAUCUGGUAAUUCUGUUAUUUUUAGAUGAGCCAUAUAUAUAAAUAUAUAUCUAUAUAUAUUAUUUUGUUAGUGCUCGGUCGCAGUAUUUUAAAAUUAUAAAAUAUUAAAAUAUGUCUGCACGUAAUAUCAAUCGUAAUGAACCCACGUAUACAAUAUACGCUCAUACUUAGUACAUAUACAUUUACACUUAUACAUACACACAUAUAUAUAUAUACAUACAUGAUAAAACAUACGCAGUGCACACAUUAAUAACAGAGUCAUAUAAAAUUUUAAGUCUGAUAAAGAAGCUGGGAUCUGCCCGUUGGCGGUUUAAAAUUAAAAAUUUAAACUUUCCGUGGGUUAAAUAAACGCGAAAUGCCAAGCACUUGCUGUUGUUCUUAAUAACAUAUUUUAUAUAAUAUUUAUUACCAUAAAGUUGCGAUACAUCGUUUACAUUUAAUUAAUUAUCUCAGUUUGAUAGUCAGCAAGUGCCGCCGUCUAAUUGCUCGUUAUUAUCAUGACUAGACUAUUUUACAGAUGUUUUUGUAUAGUAUAUAAUCAUGUGGCUUUAUACCUGAUAUUUAUUUAACGAUCCAAGGACAAUAUUUUAUUUUUUUUGCAUUAAACCCGCCGGAUAGAAUGAAAAAAUAUCAAAGCUUCCGCUUAAGUCGCGGGUACUCAAAAUUAAAACCGAUCUGCUGAUAGUUUUAUCGACACCAUCUAAAUUAUAAUUAUCAUCGUUAUUGCUGUUAUUAUAUGUCACUAGCUACUGCUUCUAUUUAAAUACUUGAUCUACUAUCAUCAUAAUUAUUAUUAAUAUGCGAAUUAAAAAGAAUAUCUUAAUAACAUUAUCGCGCGUUUAAAUGCACCUCGAAAAUCUUUUAAACAGCUCGUGGAUUAGCGGUUUAAUUAUAGAAAUCUAGAUCAAUUUAACAUAAACCAUCUGACACUAAUAAAACUCGUUAUAAAUAUAUAUAUAUAUUUUUUAUUUAACUUUUAUCAAUUUACAAAUCAUUUUUCUAUUAACGCAAAUUGUAUAUGAUCCUGAAGUUAGCAGACAGUUAAAAUUUUUUUGAUUUUUUUUCCAACAUCAAUUACAAAAAAAAAAAACUAAAAAUAUGCGCAUGUAGAAAAUUUAAAAAACUACAGGUGCCAAUUUUUCAAAUUUUUUUUUUUUAUAAUUUAUUGCUUAAAAAAAAACAAAAAUUAUUAGACGUCGGCUAACUUCAGUAUCAUAAAUUGUAUCUGCAGAUUAAAAUUAAAAAUACAAAAGUGCUUUCAUUUCUUUCUUUUUACUAUAAAUAAUUUUUAUCACAAAAAAAUUUAUAAGUAGCAGUAGCCAGUCUCGAAAUUUUGUAAAUACGAUUAUAAAUAUAUUAAUUAAAUACUAAUUAUUAUCAUAAACAAGAAAUGGUGAAACUAUUGUCCGUCUAGCUCAUGAAAGGUAUUUUUAAAUUUAAAAACAACAGCUUAUAUUUAUUAAUACAGAGAAAAUCCCCUUUUCUUCAAUGAAUGUUUGUCUCAGUAUUUUUUUUACUUUUCAUUUGUCGUAAUCCCUAUCGUCAUGCUCGAGGACGAUACAUCCCGACUGUAUUACGCUAUUGUACAUUGUUUCUGUAUUUUAUAUACAUUACACACACACAUACACACACACACACACACACACACACAUAAAACACACACACACCUCGUCGCGACUGGUUUAAAUUUAGAUUCUCUUCAUGCUAUUCAGCAGUAUUGCUACACAUAAAAAAUAAAAUAAAGUAAUAAAUAAAUAAAUCAAUGAAUUGAAAAUAUAAAUAAAUAUAUAUUCUCAAUAUAAACACGAAUGUGUAUUCCAUUCACUUGGUAUUUGUCUAUGAUUUAUAAUUUGUUUAUAAAAAAUAUAAAAUUCAUUCUUUUAGAUUUUUUUAUUGUACGCCCGAAUUUUAAAUGAAUAGUAAAAUUUUGACCAAGUGACUGGAACAUUCGAUGUUAUUUUUUCUAUUAACUAUGAAAUAAAAAUCUGGAGGUAAUAAAUAUGAAUACUAAUAACAAAAAACAAUAAAUGUUUACGUAAUAUCGAGGCGUAUUGUCUGCGCGUAUAAACGCGAACAUUUUGUUAAUUUAUCCAGGCCCAGAUUGCAGAUAAACUGAAGCCUUUACACUUAAAAAUAUCUUGACAUUAAAAUUUUGAUUAUCUCCAAAUUUUUUUUAUUUUUCCGGCCGUGUGUAGCAAAGAGAAACUUAAAUAAAGUUGCUGGUUGAAAAUAAAGUAAAUAAAUACAUAUAAUUAUACGAUUGGAAUGAAUAAUAAUAAUAAUGGAUAAAUGUAAUGAUAAAUAAUUUGAAAAUAUAAAUUAUUUAUUUAUCGUAAUCAUGAGAUCUUUGUAAAUCAAAGUUUUAACGUAUUUAUUAUUAUAAAGAUUUGUGUAAGUGAGUAAAUAAUAUUUAAUUGUGGAUAAUCCGAUCAUUCUAUUCGAUAAUAAUAAUUAUAUUUCAUUUACAAUUAUUAUUAUUAUUAUUAUUAUUAUUAUUAUUAUUAUUAUUAUUAUUAUUAUUAUGAUUAUAACGAUAAUAAUAACGACCGUAAAAUAUUGAGGAUUGUGUCUGUAUUGGGUGAAAAUGUUGAUAGCGUAGCGACCGAGAGCGAUAAAUUGAGACCGAGUGAGAGAUAAUAUAUAUAAAUUUAUGUAAUGAAAGAGAUAAAAGAAUAUUAUGUAUCGUGGUACUGCAAUAAUCUGGUUUCUAAAAGUGUUUUCCAUCGACCCGGGUAAUUUAAUUAUCCAUGCUGGUGUGUUCUUCCAACGACUGUUCAAUCGAUAGAAGAGCCGUGCCAGAUAUAUAUAUAUAUAUAUUUAUAUAUUUCGGGCAAGUCAAGUAAACAAGCCUCUUUUGAAAAAUUAUAAAUAACUCAAGUGAAUUUACUGAAAAAAGAAAUAUUUAAAUAUUACAAACGAUCUGACGUAGCAUCUUACUCCAACUAUACAGAAAGAGGUUUUUCUUUUUUUAAAUGAAUUUAUUUUAUGUCUCACUAAAUAACAACACUUGCUAGUAAUAAAUAAUGUUACUGGGCAAUUACCAAAAUCAUCAUUUAUCUAAUACUUGACUCUAAUUAAUUGCUUGCGUGCUGAGAAUAUACUUUUAUAUAUUUCAUUAUUAUUAUUAUUAUUAUUCAUAUUUCUUAAUGAUUGGAGCAGACAUUUAUGCUGUAAAAAAUUGCGAGUGAUUUCGGAGUGGUCUGGAUUUUAUUUAAAUCCACAUUCACUUCGAUUCGGAGUUUCAAUACAAAAUUAAACUCCCAUUGGCAGUGAAUUUCACUCCGAGAAAAUAAAAUAAAUUGUCAUCCGCUCCGGAUUUACUCCGCUGAUUUUUUGCAGUGAACUAUAAAAAAAAACAGCCGUGAGGUUUACAUGUACAAUUAAAUUUGCGACCCAAGUGUGAUGUGAUUUUAAAUGACAGAAAAAGGUCAAAGCUGGAGGAAUAAGGAAGUCGAAUAAAAAAUAAAUAUCUUGUAUAAGCAUUUUUCCGGUAGUGGGUACAGUAAUAUAAUAAAAAUAUAAGGACAGCUCCCUCGAGACUGAAUCCAGUUGGAAAAUUUUUUUAUACGAGCGAGAAAGCAUCGGGAUUCCCGGUCGGGUAUUACGAUAUCAGGAGAGGGAAUCAGGAUAACUGAGAAACUAGUAGGACGUAGGAGGGUUUAUUACGGCACAAGGCUAUCAAUACUUGGAUUGAGGCUCUAUGUACUCUGAAUAUAUAAAAAAAAAAAUUUUCCGUAUUUCAUUAUUCAAUAUUCAUUCCGUUAUAAUAUUUUAAUGUAAUAAGUACUGCAUAUAUAUGUCUUUUGUCAUAAAAUUAUUAUUAUAUAUUAUUGCAUAAUAAAUUUGACCCUGACGAAAGACGUUUAUAAGACAAUUUCAUAAAUCUUGGCAUGAAAAUUUUCAUUUUCUUUUCCGCUAAAUAAAAAUUUAUCUAUCGUAAGCGCGGAUAAAUUUUAUUACUUUUCAAGGUCGAAUUCUCAUUUGAAUUUUUAAAUUUUUUCGCGGCAUAUUGGAUUACUACUAAAGUAACUUGAGUCGUAUUCAAUAAUAUAAACAUAUACCUCUAUCCAUAUCGUCAUUAAAUAAUAUAUCAAAUGAAUACUAAUUAUUAUCGUUACUGUCAAUAGGUAAUUUUUAAAUAAUUAACGCUAAUAAAAUUAAUUAUCGUGGGAAUAAUUUAUCAGAGUACAUUUUAAUGACAUGCCGGUUGUAAUUAAAAGAUAUUUAUUUUCUUUUAUUAACGAAGGAGAAGUUAUCAAGUAUGUAUAGAUAUACACCUGUGUAAAAAUAAUAUUGCCAGAUGUCAAACACGCGCUGCGUUAGAUAAAAUAUAUCAUACAUUAGUUAAUCGAUUGACGUUAUAUUAGUUUCUUUAUUUUAAACAUCAGCCUCAGUGACGUCACCGCAGCAAAAUAAAAUGUUAGCAUUGAAUUGUGUGUUGACUUGUUACGCAAAUAAUCAUAGAGAUAAAUUAUCAUUCGAUAUCAUAAUAGAGUAUAAAGGAAAAUAUAUACAUAUAUACGAAUACAAUUAAAAAUAUUUAGUUUAAUUUCGUAAAAUCAGAUAAUUAAAGGCUCAUCUCAUGUUGUACAUGAUUAAAACCGGGAUCAAUUAAUUAAAUUUGCUCAGAUAAUUACAACAUGAGUGAUUAUUUAAAUUAUAAUAAUAAUUAACUUUUUUAUUGUAUAGUUCAAAUUAAGUAUACUGUCCAUUUUAUAUCUCGAUGCUUACUGACAGAUUUAAUUGUACAUUCAAUAGUUUUGCGAGCUCCAAUCAUUAAUUAGUGUCCUGAUUACUCGGUAACAUUUUAAAUUAUAAAGAGAUUUCAUUUAUUCUUCGGCUUUUAAAAAAAUUUUAUGAUCCUGAAGUUACCAGACAAUUAGCAAUUUUCGGUUUUUUUUUUUAAACAAAUCGAUUAAAAAAAAAAAAAACUAAAAAAAUGCAUGUAUAGAAAAUUUAAAAAACUACAGGUGCAAUUUUUUCGAAUAGUUUUUUUUUAUAAUUUAUUGUUUAAAAAAAAAUACAAAAAGUUAUUAGACGUCGGUUAACUUCAGUAUCGUAAAAUCGAAUCUUUAGUGAUCACUAUAAAUGGCAAUUUUAUUUGUUUUUUAUUUAUUUCAGUCCUGAUAAAUGAUGUGAUUGGGUAAAAAAGUUUGGUAAAAGUGAGACAUUGUGUAAUUUUGAAAUAAACGGGUUAAAGAUUAAAAGAUAAAGAGACGAAUUACAAAUUGUCAGCACGUGCAUGACAUUUGGAUGUUACCAGGGCACAUUUGUGUAGUCCAAUGAGACUAAAUUAUCUGUCCUACUCUCAAUUACCGACAUACAAACAUUGGAUAUUAAUAAAUUUACACUGUUUGUGUGCAAAAAAAUUUUGAAUAUCCAAUAAUUUACAACUUGCUAAUAUUUAUUGUACAUGUGUGCAAUAAAUAUGAAUAUUACACGUAAAAAAUUUUAAAAAACAAAAAUAUAUAUAUAUGAUUUGUACCAAAUGUAGUAUUGAAAUGUUACUGGUUAGCCGACGUCUAAUUUUUUGAUUUUUUUUAAAAUUACAAAUUAUAGAGAAAAAAAAUAUUUGAAAAAAUUGCACCUGUAGUUUUUUUAAUUUUCUAAAUGUGCAUAUUUUUAGUUUUUCUUUUUUUUUUUGUAAUUGAUGUUGAAAAAAAUCCAGAAGCUGUUUAUUGUCUGUCACUUUCAGGAUCAUGUAUAGAACGGAGUAUAUUAAGUUCUGAUGGUAAAUUGUGGGGAUAAAAAAUUAGGAAUCGCAAGUACGUGACACCUGAUUGUCUGUUUAUAUUUAUUUAUUAUUUUUAUUGAUGAACAUUGUGAUGUGUUUGUCGUGUCAGUGUAAAUUGAAUAAAUUUAUCAUUUAACAUUUUAUUGUGAUGAUUAAUUUAAGUGUAAUAAAACAAAUAACUUGGCAGGACAUUUAUUAUUAAAUAAUAAAAUGUGAUUAGCACGCAAGUUCAUUAACUUUAUAUCGAGUCAGAUAAAAAAAAAAAAACAGUCUAUUUUUUUUUAUGUUAAAGAUUAAAUGAAUUAUUGAAUCUAGUGUUGCAUUUAAUGCACAUCGAUUUGUUUUAGUUUGCGUAUUAAAAAUAAUUUGUAAAUUUUUUUUUUGUUAUUUUUAAGUUUUUAAAUGUGAUUGCAAAGUGUGGAAUUUAUCGCGGGAAAAUAUUAUAUGAUUGUUAUUGUUUAAAAAAAAAUAUUAUUAUUAUUAUAAUUAUUGUAAAAGAAUCUCUGUGUAUAGUGUGAAAUAUGUGUGAAUGAUAAAAUUAUAAUAAACAAAAAUAUAUGUUGAUAUGAGUGGAGAAGAUGCGCGUCGGUCGUGAGAAUCUCGAAAAAAAAAAUAAUAAUAAUAAUAAAGUAAAAUUUUUAAUAAUUUUUAUCAGCUCGAUAAUUAAUGAGUGGAAAAAUAAUAAUUAAUUUAUCAAAGGCUUGAUGUAUGUUUAAAUUUUUUGCCGAAAGAGUUGGAAUAAUGAAAUUAUUAAAAAUUACAAUACAAGAAAUAAAU